CUCUCGGUUGAGAUUACGCAAGAGACAAGGGUGGAAGGCCCUCCAUCGUCUACCACGCCCGCAGACACCGUUCCUACUGAGCUCAUCUCGGAUGCUCCCAGGGACCUCGCCGCGAUUGUGGAGGUUUCAGAGGUGGCUGCCGAGCAGCACACGGAGACAACUCUUACUGUCACAGAGACGCAAUCCAAUGUUCUGGGUAUCGAUGUUUCUGUACCCGCACUCGAGCUCAAUUUCAAUUCGGAGGCACCAUCUGCAUCAGCAGAUGAUACCACUGGCGAUGGUGGUUGGGACCCCGAUGACACGUGGGGUGCCACUGAAGUGAAAGAGCAAGAGCCUGUUAGCUCCCCCACUUGGGGUUCUUCUGGUGGAGGCGGUAGCACCGGAUGGGGCUCCAGUGUGGCCAACACCAAAUGGGGGGCGCCUAAAUCGAAGAGUAGCUGGUCUAUGGGAGCUAUGGGAGCUGCACCCUCUUUUGGAGGCCUCGGCUCUACUCUCGCAGGAUCGUUUGGUAACUUCCUCGGCGCUGAUGGCAGGAAAAGUUCCAGGCCUUCGCCGAAGCCUGACUUAUCUUCACUUCCAGCUGAACACACUUCUUCUCUUGGAGGCCUCGGCUCUCUUGCAGGAUCAUUCAGUAACCUCCUCGUCGCUGAUGACAAGAAGAGUCCCAUGCCCUCGCCGAGACCUGACGCAUCCCCUCUUCCACUUCAUCACGCUCUUGCCAAUGUAGGCGACACAAUACCAGGUGACACACUGGCUCCCCCCGUACAGAUGACAAAAGAGCCUCCUACGCCAGCUGAGGCGCCGACCAAUGCGGCGGACGCGGCACCACCUUCUACCGAUGCAGCAGCAACUACAGAGAAAGCGGUAGAAGAAUCCCCUCCCGUAGACACCAACGCUGCUGCUCCUGGAGAGCCAGUUACGAUAGGUGAUGGGGAGGGUAAUGAUGUCGAGGAAGAGAAAGAGAAAGAGGAGGAGAAACCGAAGGUAUCUGCCACGCCGAUGGCAAAAUCCACCAGCAAAGGGGGAGGGAAAAAGAAGAAAGGGAAGAAGUAAGAUGCAGGCGCUCGGGUGUGCUACGCAGAUCCCCUACUUCGCGAUAUUGUUCAUCAUCUACUUUACUUCUGACGAACUUGUGAUACUGCUAUUCUUGGAGCUAAUAACUUUGAUACCUGUAGCUUUUGAGUCAAUAUCCGGGGAAAGCGUGAACAGCGGUCACCAGCCUGCACCAGCACUUGACGAACUCCCUCUCUAAGAGACCCCGGCUCUAAAUCUUGCAUGAUUAAAUACAAAAAAGUGGA